AUGGAGAAGUACACGAUCCAACACGAGCUCGGGCAAGGCGCGUUCGGUAAGGUGUACAAGGCGGAACGUAAGGAGGACGGCAGCGCGCUCGCUCUCAAGUGUCUCACCGUGGACUCACUGGACAAGGGACAAGUCGUGCUGAAGGAAAUCAGCGCUCUACAGCAGGUCGGAGAACACCCGAACAUCAUGCAGUUCACUGACGCGUUCACAGAGGGCGCUGGUUUGAACACCCCUGCCCUGAACGUGUGGCUGGUGCUGGAAUACUGCAACGGGGGCACCCUGGACAGCUUCAUCUUGGGUAGCAACCAUGACCGAGGGACCGUUCUGCAAUUACUGUGCGACACGGUAGAGGGCGUUGCCUACCUGCACGGCAGAAAUAUCGUCCACCGAGACCUUAAGCCCGACAACAUCUUGGUGGACAACUCCGGGCAGAGACCAGUUGCCAAGAUCGCGGAUUUCGGUAUUGCCCGUGUGUGUGAGCGGUGUGGCUGGGACAUCAACAGCUACUACAUGCAGACUGCGGUCGGCACCAGACUGUACCUAUCGCCUGAAAUCAUCGGACCACUGCUGGCACAGCCACCGCGGCCCGACCUGGUGACCUACACCGCCAAGACCGACGUCUUCGCCUUGGGCCUGAUCGUGGCCGCCAUCUUGGAUCGGACGACAGUUCCGUUCAACCCGGGAAAAGUGACGCCCUUCCUGCCGGACCCCGCGAACGGACAGCCCUCGCCUGUGGCUGACGUCAUGGUCGCACAUCCGCGGUUCCCGGUGGCAGACAUGCUGAUGACCAGUGAACCCCCGGGGUCUCCGAUAAAGGCCCUGAUCCUGUCCAUGCUGGCAGCUGAUCCUCACCAGAGACCGACAUCAGAACAGGUCCUCGGCAGCCUUAAACAGAUCACCAAUUUUCCUCCCGGGGCCGCCAUCGUCGCUGUUCCGGUGAUGCCACCUCCGGGCCCGCCCCCUCCCUACACCGUGGUGGAAGUGCCGGUUGAGGAGGGGAGUGCUGAACCUCAGACGUGGCAGGAUCGCCUGUCGUCGUGUUGCCGCGCGUGCUGGCGGUGCGAUGACGGCGAGGAGUGGUACCACCUAGCGGGGAAAGGUCCGGGAUGGAUCUUCGUGCUGCUGAUCCUGUGGCUGGUGGUCAUCAUGGCGGUCAUUUUCGCCGUGAUGUGCGUGGUGGCCUACAUGUGCUUCCUCUGCGUCCUGUCGGUCUGCCUCAGCCUGGACGACGACAGACCCGCGAGGGUGGAGCGGAGCAACGACACCGCCGCGCUCGCCUUUCUGUUCGCAGUCGGCACACUCGGCGCUUUCGGCGAUUAG